AUGUCUUCUAACAACUUCUCCACCUCCGCGCCCAAUUCACGGGCGCCAGUCCUGCCACAGACCCUCGUCUCCCUCGCAGACCCUCCGCUCCUUGGCGGUGAUGAGCCGUUGAUCUUCGAUGAGCUCACCGGUCCCUAUGCCAUGCCCCCCAACGACUGGUAUGAGUGGGAGGAUCCCAUGCCCACGGUCACCUCUGUCCCAGGUCUGCAAGCAUCGCCUGAGCUUUGGGUACCCGUCGAUGCUGUAAGCAUUGCUCCGAGGCAAAGGCACCGCGCGCCGGCACCGACCAGGCAAGAGACAGAGGCAAGGCACCCGGAGCUUGCUAACAAGCCAGAACCAAAAAGGCGCAAGGCUCCCCCCGUUAAAGGGGUCUCCGGUCGGGUCAUCGAGAAGAAAGUGGAACAGGCUUGUAUGCGGUGCCGAGCCGCAAAACAGAAAUGCGACGGCGAGAAACCCCACUGCAGGCGGUGUACAAGGAGGAACCGAAGGUGCUCUUACGUUCCCACCGAGCGGCAGAUCGAAUGGGCUCAGAAGAAGGCGGCGGGAAGUGCCAAUACACCGCCUGAGUCUGUCGAGCAACCUAGGACAGUUGCAAUGACACCGCCGGAGAAUUACGUCCUUACGGCCCCGGGGCGAAGACUUCUACCGCGUCCUGAAGCACCAGAAGCGGCGAUGGGAGGGUUUACAGCAGGCGCAGAGGCACAAUUACAAGAUCCUGAAUAUUUUGAUCGGGCUUUGGAAGAUUUGAAUACCAUGACGAACGGAUACUCACAGUAUCCUCAACAGCCUUGCUGGACGUCUGGGGAAUUAGAUCUCUGGUCAACUGGAGCUUUACAGUAUCCCCCACAGCCCAACUUGGCUUUUCGAGGGUAUUUGUCUCAGCCAAGCAGACCCUUGCCAUUUCUCGGAGAGCCCAGUCUCACGUCUGAAGGGUCAGUUGGCCAGUCCACCGGGUUCUCGCUAUACACAAGAGAUCCUAGCAUGGCAUCUGAUGGUCCAACGGCUUUUUCAGAGAACUCAACGCAUCAAAAUGAACCUGGAAUGGGAUUCAUGAAUUACGACUUUCCUCAAACAAGCCCAGAGGGUGGACAGGAUCUGACGGGAUCCAACCAUUUUGACGGGCAGGCAUGGACCCUCGCCCACUUCGCAGGACUGGAUGCGAUGGACCUGCCGGGAAACCGAAGGACGUGA